AUGCAAUCAGGUUGGGGACCAUCAGAAAAUAAUGAAACCGAAGUGAAUAGUGGGAAUGUAGAGUUGUCAAUGGAAGGAAGUGAACAACGAGAUUUGAGUUAUGACCAAGGCGAGUCUAGACAUACGAGAUCACGACAAGAAGGAUACUUUGAGCAGGAAGAUGCGUACCCAAAUCAACAUGUGUCAGGAAGAGACCAUGGCAGGUCGACUCAAACCCGAGAACGAUCGAGAGAAUUCGCAGAUCGAGGGGAAGAUUCUAUGAGGAAGAUGAUGCAUGAAAUGCAUGACUAUUUGAUGCAGCAGCAACCAAUGGUGGCCAAUGUUCCAUCCCAGAGCUCAACACCAUCAGAUUUUCUUCGAACCGUGAAACUGAUGAAAGACCUUGGAACAACCUAUUUUGGAGGAGGAACAAAUCCGUUUGAUGCUGACAAUUGGUUGCAAAAUAUGAAGACGAACUUUGCAGCAACACGAUGUUUUGAACAGAAUAAGAAGGAUAUUGCGGUAUUCUAUUUGGAAAGAGAUGUUAUGGGUUGGUGGUCAAGUAUUGAGCACCAUUACAACCAUAUCCAACCAACGUGGCAAGAUUUUAGUAAAGAGUUUACCAGAAAAUAUUUCCCAUUGGAGGCAAGAGACAGAUUAGAAGCUCAAUUUAUGAGGUUAGAAUAA